AUGCAGUUGGCAGGAAGCGAAUCAGCGUUGAUGAAGCAAGGAACUAUUAGAAUGAAGAAUAUCAACCGGUUCUCGAAUUUUGUGAAAUCAGGCAUGGAAGGUUAUAUAUUGUCCACUUCGAGAAUCACUUCUAAGCCAGAAGAGCACCACGAAAUCAUCGUUUCAAGGCGGUACAAGCAUUUCGAUUGGCUUCAUGAGCAGAUGUCUACCAAGUAUAUUCUGAUACCGCUUCCUCCACUACCGGAGAAACAAGUUGCUGGCCGUUACGAGGAAGAUCUAAUUGAGCAUCGCAAGAAUAUUUUACAAAUUUGGGUGAAUAAGGUGAGCAGGCAUCCAGUUUUGUGCAAAUCAGAUGUGUGGAUUCAUUUCUUGACAUGUACGGAUGAAAAACAAUGGAAAAGCGGGAAAAGGAAAGCGGAAAGAGACGAAUAUGUUGGAGGCAAUUUUCUGAACUGUGUAGCGGUCCCUAGCCAUCCACUUGACAGCAACGAUGUUGAGCUCAAAGUGGAAAAUUUCUCUCGUUCCAUGCGAAGCUUAGACGAAAGCGUUCGUUUCAUGUAUGAUCGAGUGAGUGAGACUCAAAAACGACUUGCUGGACGUAAGCUUACAACAUCUUAUCUCUUUUCAUUAUUUGGUACCUCAAAUACAUAA